UGGCCAUUUGGCCUUGCAACAUCUCCGAAGGCCACACGACAUUACGCCAGUCCCUAGGAAUACAAAACUCCACCGCUUUAUGCAGUGACUGCAACAGAAUUCGGUUGUUUUCGAUCGUCUCACCGAUAUUUCUAGCCGAAAUCUCAGAAUAUCGAGGAUACUGGGUGAAGCAAGCCGGCGUCAGCGAGAAUGGGGGCCUCAACUUCGACGGAGCACAAGGUGCCGAACGAACAACGAGAGGCGGAAGCCUUAGCAGCCUCCACCGGAGCUCUUCCGAUGCUCCAGAAAACUUUCUCCAACCUCGCCGAUCCCCAAUCCAAUGCAAUCCCCCUCCACUCCCUGCAGCAAUGUUUCCGUUUAACUUACAAAAACCCAGUAGCAUGUGAAGCCAUUCCAAUGCCUGAUUCGUUUCCGGCACUGCUGGAUCAUCUUGGUGGGUCGAUUUCGGACCUGUUUUUCGUGUCGGAUAAAGGCGGAGUGAAUUGGGUUGAGUUGGUUAGGGGAUAUAAUAAGUGUUGUGCAAGAAUGUCUGCGUCUGUGUCACUUAACAAGUUGCUGAGAGUUUUUUCUGUGACACUUAGAAAGGCAAGUUCGCCUUCGAACUUGGAAUUUGAAUCUGAUGAUGCUGAUUGUAAGAUAACCGGAUCGCUUAUGCCGGCGGACGUGCUUAUGCUUCUUUGGAUGUGUUGGGCCAUGUCUUGGUACUCUAGGACUUCGAAAAUCUCAAAUGAGAAACUACAUUUACGCUUGCCGGAUGUUAAACAUGUUGUUUUAUCCGCUAUUGUUUCGUGCGCUGAAGCUGGCAGUGGCUUGAAUGUGUGGGAUUGCGACUUCUCGGGCUUGGGAGUUCAACUUCCUGUGGGGAAGUUUCAAUCUUGGGUUUUGAAAACAGUGCCUGGUCUCCCAGAUUGCUUUACACGGUUUGCGCAUGGAAUAAUAAAUAAAUGUGCUUCUCAGAAGGAUGGACAGGAAUGCUCAACUUCUUCACUGGCAGAUAAUUCCUCCACCAUGGCAAACAGUUCCAAUCUUUUGUCCCAAGGAAUGGCAUGGGCGAUUUCCCUCACAUUGAGAGGCUCAAUAAGUGAUGAGAUGUCAAAACUAUGCUUCCCCCACUGUGGCGUUAAUGGAAUAGAUAAGAACCUACUUUACAGGUCAUCUGUUCAUGGCAGAGGGUUGAAUAGAUUCUGGUCCAAUGUUGAGGGUUACCAAGGGGCACUGCUCAUGCUGAUUUCUGCAACUUCCAGAGAUGCCAAUGAUGAUAGAGAAAAUGAAAGAAAAUGGAUUGUAGGUACACUCGCGUAUCAAGGUUUUGAAAACAGGGAUGCUUUUUAUGGAAGUCCAGGAAAUCUAUAUGCUAUAACUCCAGUCUUUCAUGUGUAUCCACCUACUGGAAAGGAAAAGAACUUUGUGUAUUGCCAUCUGCAUCCCACUGGCAGGGCGUAUGAGCCGAAACCAAAGCCUGUGGGGAUAGGAUUUGGUGGAAGUAUGGGAAAUGAAAGAAUUUUUGUUGAUGAAGAUUUUUCCAAAGUUACUAUUCGCCACCAUGCAGCUGACAAAACGUAUCAACCUGGCUCCCUCUUUCCUGAUCAGGGCUUCCUACCUGUUGAAGCUUUGGUUUCAGAAGUUGAAGUUUGGGGGCUUGGUGGAAGAGGCGCAAAGGAUGUGCAAGAUUCAUACAAGAAGAGGGAACAACUUUUCAAUGAUCAAAGACGGAAGGUUGACUUGAAAACAUUCGGGAAUUGGGAGGAUUCACCGGAGAAGAUGAUGAUGGACAUGGUCACUGACCCAAAUGCAGUUCGACGGGAGGAUCGCUAAAUAAAACCGCAUAUGAUGCACUGCAAAUUUGUGGUUUGCUUUCUGGUGUUUCUGGCUGGUCACGUUGUGACUGUUUGUAGAAAUACCGAAUUGUGAUUGUAUUUAGAAGAAAGAAGUCAGCUGGUCGCA